ACUCUGUUUUUCUUACGCGUUUUAAAGAUGGCUGUCGUGAGGAGAAAAUUCUUUGCAAAAUAUUAAAUGAAAGUGUUUAAUAAAUUAUUCAACCUGUGAAAGCAAAUGUGAAAAACAAAAGCGCAAUACACUAUUACAUUUUACAAUGUGUAAUUUGACGUAUGAACAAACAAAAGUGUAUAAUAAAAUAUAAACAAUUUCAUAGUUGAACUUGUCGCGUGGGUGUGGUCCAAGAAAGUUUUUAUUAAAAAAAUUAUUUUUGAAAGGAUAAUUAAAUAUUAUUUAAUUACAUUGCAAACUGGUAAACUUAGCGUAUCAUGCUUGUGUUUUUCGCGAUAUAAUAAGCUGAUUAUCGCAACGUCAGCAAUUCUUGUUAGGUACACUUUUGGUAUCGUGUUCACAAAACUUUUAAAAAAUAUUUAAUAUUUAAGUGGUUAAACUAUCUAACUUAAAAGUUGGAUCAAUUACGAUCUGUGAAAUCGGGACUUAUGUGAAAACAUUCAUAUUGAGUCAACAUUUUUUGUAUCAUAUUCGUGUCUAUACUGUUGUGCGGUCUCGGGCGAGACAGUUAAAAAAAAAAAGACUCGCUAGGGUAUGGUGUAAAUUUUAUCGAUUGUUUAUCGGGAUUAUGCGAUUGUAAUAUUGUUUACAUAGCUAUAAGGAUUUUGUAUAUAACGGCGUUUUUAAUAUACACUCUUUAAUCGUGAAAAAAUCCGUACGGUCAACUUCAAUCAUCGGUUAUUCGGUUAUAAUAUUUUUUAAUAUUAUGUUAACGAUCUCACAAGAUUGCUUAAUUUGUGACGUUCAACAUAAUUAGUGAGCUUAAUUCCGAAUACAAUCAAAAAUUUAGAGAAAGAUAGUUAUGUAAACACGCGCGUGCAAUGGUUGAAAGUACACUUAUAGCAAUUUGUUUUUAAUCGAAUUUGAAUAUAAUUAUUAUAAAAUCUGUGUUUUUGUAGCUAAACGUGUAAUAUAGAAAAAUAAAGGUGAAAAUAUUCCUUACUUAUUAUUUAAAUUAACUUCAUCUUGCAAAUAAACAAGAAAACAAAAAGAAAAAUGUCAUCACGACGUCGCGGUGGGGGUGUGGAUAUGAAUCCAAAACUGCAUAUGGAUCGUCAACCAACAGUAACCCGAAUCAAUGAAUUCUUGCAUUCAGAUCCUUCACUGCCCGCUGGUAAAAGACGAGAAAUUGAUAAUGUUAUGAAAAAAGCUAGAGCCAACACAAAUGACUAUUGGGAUAAAAAGUUAUUAGAGGUAGAAGAAAAAGAUCCAAACCGUUGGCGUCAUACGGGUUAUAAGAAAAUGUACAUUGAGGGUGAAACUAGUUCGUGUGAAAGUGAUCGUGAACCUUCGGGUAGUGGUUAUCGCGUUUAUAACACAGGCGGUGGCGGUCCAUCAAAAACAUCGUCGGUUCGGUAUGGUCGUUCGCGUUCUCCACGUUCGCGUAGCCAUUCGCGUAUGCGUAAAUCGCCGCCGUUAUCACCGCAAAUGCGGCGACGGUCUCCAGGUCCAUCGUCUCGCGAUAUGAUGGACAACAUGGGACGUGGUCGUGUAACACCUCUCCACGCGAUGGAAAGAGGUCGACCUCGUUCGCCGGAACGUGGACCUCCGCGCUCUUCGGCAGACAUGGGCGGUCGUCGUCCGAUAGGUGCAGGUGGUAGACCGCGUUCACCACCUGAGCCACCAAUGCGCCGUAAGUCGCGAUCUCCUGUAGGUGGAAGACGCCGCGGUUCUCCACCAUCGGUUAACAUGAGUUCGAACGGGCGUCGUAGAACACCGCCACCGCCAGUGGUAAGUAAUGUACAUCCAAAACAAAGAACACAAAUAUUGCCGCGUUCCAAACGCCCCCCAUCACCACCGCCGCGGAAUAUGUGUCGUUCGCGUUCGAACAGUUCGGUAACAAGCUGUUCAGAUGAUUCUUGCUCUGAAUGCUCGCCAAGGCAUCGUUACCGAUCUCAUUCCGUCUCAAUGCCGCGAUCGCAUGGUGGGCCGCGUUCGCCACCUUCUAAAACUUCACGUCCAAUGCAAUGCCAGCGAGGUCCACUUCCGCCUCCAUCAGCAUCUAUGCAUAAUCGACCUUCGUCACCACCGCUUUCUCGUAAUGGUCCGAUCGAUAAAUACCAUCGCAACGAUGGUAAGGUACGCCGCGUUAGUCGCGAACGCAGUUUAGACGGAUGCCAUCCCUCUGAUAGUCAUGUAAAAGUUACGCGCCCUAAUCGUCACUCGCCGCCUGAGGACCCGCGCUUAAAAAAUCGUCCUCCUGAGCCACCGGAACCGGCUGCAGCAUCAACUUCAAAUAAUGUGCCUAAAAAAAAGAAAAAAGAGAAAGAGUUACGCACCCGUAUCAAGAUUGAGGGCGAGAAAAGAAAAAAGCACUCUUCCUCCGACUCGGACGAUUCUGGCGGCUCCGACAGUGACGAUCCUCCUUUGCCAACAUUUACCGCCACCACGCGACUAACUUUAUCCGAACGUUUUGGCAAAAUGGCUCAAUGGAGUAUUGAUCGCAGCAAUAUGGAAAAUAUGCGUAUAACAAAAGACUCUGCUGGUGGCGCUUUGAAAGUAAUGAUAGAAGAGGGACUCGAAACACCGCCGCGUCGUUAUUCGUAUUCACCGGCACCGGUUGGCCACUUUCCCGAAGAGUUGGCAACAACAGCACCGUCGGGCAUGUUGUCUUGGGAUGAUGUGCGUGUACGUUAUGAAUAUUAUAAAUCCCGUGGCUAUCUAAGAGACUUAGAUUUAAAAGAUUACAUUAAAUGGGAAGAAUGGUGGUACAAAUACCAAGAAUGGCUUAAACAAGAACGUUUCUAUGAGUAUUGGGAACGUCAACAAAUGGCCAGGAGACGACGUAUUAAAAAGUUACCAAUUUCUCAAAGGCUUAAUUAAAAAAAAAUAGCUUAUAGUGUUGUACUCGAUUUUUUUCUUUAUUUUAGAGGGUUUAUUACCAUCUCAUUUUUUGCAUCACUUUUUGAGUUGUGCAAAGCAAAAAAAAAAAAAAAAAAAAAAUU